AAUAUAUGACAGUUCGAAAAGACACGUAUCUAUCGUCACACCUGCAUACCGAAGAGAAUUCCGGCGGCGAAACGGCGCGGUCGCAAUAUCGAGCGACCCGGUGACCUCUCCGGCCUGUGGAAUUGAUUAUUUUCAAGAGUGAGUUGCCCUGUAUAAAAUAUAUACAUAACGUCGAUCAGCUAGAGGCAUGACGCUGGCCAGGUAGUCCGUCAUGGAGAGUCGCUCGGGCAGCAUAAAGGACCCCAUCUACUACCCGGAGAACGACGGCACGUCGAGCGGAGGCGGAGGCGGCGGCGGUGGCGAAUCUGCCGAUAAGAGUCAACGUAGCUCGCUCGGCAGCCAGGAGAUCAGUCUGGACGACAGCAAUGCGCUCAAGGUACCACGAAAAUUCAUCACCAACUGGCGACAGGCGUGCGAUCGGACCCGCGACCGGACCAAAGACCUGCUGAAGAGAUGGCGAACGACCAGCAGCAACGUCGACGAGAUUGUUCCCGCUGUCAUGCCUGAUCUGGAGCAACCCAACUGGAGCGUGCACGUGUGGACGACCUGGGUAAGCCGCUUUCCGAGCGAUAAUAGUUUGUCUGCCAUUAAUGAGCUCGGUAAAAUCGGAAGUUCAGACUCCUUAGCACCUGCACAGCGUGAUAAGUUCUCUCAUUUUUUUACGUAUCUCUUGGACCACGAUAGAGACGGUUAUAUCAGCAGAAAGGAUUUUGCACUACUUUCGGAGCGUUUAAGAAGAUUUGCGGAUUGGUCAUGGAAUGGUCCGGAAUAUUUGAGACUGCUGGAGAUCGAGAACGGAUUCGCCGGAUUGAUCCUUCCAGACAAAAAGGAGUCCGUAGAGUCGGAUAAAAAAGUCGAUCUUGACGAUUGGCUGUCCUGGUGGGCGAAAAUCGUCGCACCGCCGGAGGGUGCAAGUUACAACGAUAUGCCAUUCUGGAUCAAAGUUAUGCCCAGGGUGUUCUUUCUCGCCAUAAACAGCUCCGGUAGCGGAAUGAUUAGCAAGAAGGAGCUCGCGGCCUUUUAUGGAUCCGUAAUCGGCCUAGACACCGACAGGAUAAACAAAUGUUUGGAUAUCGCUUAUGAUUCUAUGACUUCGAAUGGAGAUCAUCCUCUCGGCUGGACGCAGUAUCAGCUAGUGUUCGCCAACUUUCUGUUCGGUCGCGGCCCGUUCGGUCCGGGAGAACAUUUCCUAGGUAUGACGGAUUCCUGCAUGAUACGCGAUAAUACUAUACCAUUUCCCAUUGAUUAUUCCGCGAUGAACACACCGCGGGAUAAAUUAGAAGUGUACAGUCCCCAUUGCAAGAGCAACAGGCGAAGCGUCGUAGUCUAAAAGUAAAAAAAAAUCACGUAAGAGAGUUCCUUCUAGUUGUUGAUAUAACAUGCACAAUUAUUCCUCAAGAGUGCCUAAUAUUCUUAUUCUGUACCGAAUGUGUAUUUGAUAUAGAUUUAUUUUAGUCAAUUUGCAUAAGGAUUGCGAUCAAAGAGAAUUAAAAUAAUGUCUGCACAUGUUUAUUCUGGUGCGUAAAAAAAUCGACUUUCUAUUAAAAGUAUAAUUAAUGAUAUCACAUUCCAAUAUAUCAUCACACUGCCAUUUAUUUUAUGAGAGCAAUA